CCUCGCCCGCCGGCGGACCUGGGGUUCAGCUUUGAUGCCAACAAGCAGCAGAGGCAGCUGAUAGCGGAGCUGGAAAACAAAAACAGGGAGAUACUGCAGGAAAUCCAGCGCCUGCGGCUGGAGCACGAGCAAGCGUCCCAGCCCACGCCGGAGAAAGCCCAGCAGAACCCCACGUUGUUGGCUGAACUCAGGCUUUUACGGCAGCGCAAGGAUGAGCUGGAGCAGAGGAUGUCGGCGCUGCAGGAGAGCCGCAGGGAGCUGAUGGUGCAGCUGGAGGGGCUGAUGAAACUCCUCAAA